AGGCUUGUGUUGACCUCCCGUGCUAUUGUGUUUUGAGCCGCUGGUCCUGUGGCGUUGUGCAGGGCUGGGCAGGGGCGGCAAGAGGGCAACCGGUGCGCGUGACGGAGACGCAGACGCAGGGAAAGAGUGGCGGAGUUUUUGUGAGCGAGUGUGUUUGUGUGUGUGUGUGUGUGUGUGUUCCACGCCUCAAGCUUCCUCUCCCUCGUUGUACUGUCACGGCGGCGGCGGCGGCGUUGAUGGUGGUGGUGGCGGUGCUCUCUGGUAAAACUCGAGCCUUCCCGUGUCUUCCCUGAGGACUUCAAUACCUGUAGAACACCUGCCCAACGUUACACCUGUCCCGUGAACCCAGCAUCGUCUAUUGCCCCACGUUAUAUCUUUACGGUGUUGUUCUUGUGGUAGUGAUGGUGGUGCCUCAUCGGUAUAACUCAAGCCUUCCCGUGUCGUUCCUGAGGACUUUCGUACCUGUAGAACACCUGGCCUAACGUUCUACCUGUCCCGAAACAAAUUAAUUAUCCCACGUUCUGUCAAGGUGAUGGUGAUUGUGGUGGUGGUGCUGUCCGGUAAAAGUCAAGCCUUCCCGUGUCUUUCCUGAGGCUCAAGCGCACCUGUAAAAUACCUGACCAACGCUGUACCUGUCCCAUGAAAGUUUUAAUUAUCGUCUCUUACCUCACGUUCUGUCCAAGUGAUGAUGAUGAUAGUUAUGGUGCUGCUUCUACGGUAAUAUUCAAGCCUUCUCGUGUCUUACCUGAGGACUAAACAAUCUAUAGAACACCUGCCCAAAAGUUACACCUGUCCCGUGAGGUAAUUAAGCAUCCUCUCUUAUCGCACGUUCUGUCAAGGUGGUGGUGAUAAUGGUGGUGCUCUACGGUAAAACCCAGCCUUCCCGUGUCUUACCUGAGGACUAAACAAUCUAUAGAACACCUGCCCAAAAGUUACACCUGUCCCGUGAGGUAAUUAAGCAUCCGUCCUUACCUCACGUUACACUCUCACGGUGCCAUUCUGUUAGUGUUGGUGGUGGAGAAAGCAGUGAAGUGAAGGACCGCUUAUAACACUCACUCACCCACGAAACUCAUAUAUGUGGACUUACCUGUAGAAAACCACACAGCCGCACCUCGUCUCACCUGGCCCAGCAUCCACUUGACUUAUCUCCCAGCCAGCGGUGUUGUUAUGGUGAUAUUAGUGAAGUGAAGGACCGCUUAUAAGAAUCAUCCACGUUACUGUUUAUAUAUGGACUUGCCUAUUGAAAACCCCACCGUCACCCCUGCCCCCAGCAUCCACCUGACCCAUCUCCUACGGCUUAUUACGCAAGGUAGCAUCUGAAGCGGUUUGUCGGGAGCGAAGCGUGAUCGAUAGGCCGACAAACAGAGGCGGUGACUUUUGUGUUGUGUUGCGUGUUGUGUGUGUGUUGUGUAAGGACUGGACGAGACUUAGCGGUGGGAGAGGUGUAUUAGACGAAGCUCCUUGUCAUCAUAAGCGACGGCGAGGAAAAGCGACGAGUGGCAGGUUUGUGUUGAUGCAUCUUCCCUUGUCUUGAGUUGGCUACACUGUCACCACUCAGCCAGCCAGUUCGAACCCCUCAGUGGCUGGCAGGAACAUUCGGUUUGUGGUGGUGCAUCCUUCCCUUGUGUUGAGUUGGCUACACUGUCACCACUCAGCCAGCCAGUUCGAACCGCGCAUUGGCUGGUGGAGAGCGGGGCGGGUGGUGGCUGGCUGGAGCAUUCGAUAAGAGGCGGGAGGGCGUCAGGCUGGACCAGACCUCCCAGAAUGGCCUCAUGGUGCGAGUGUUAGGUGAUGUGAAGGGCAACACCACAGUGGAAACCUCUCUCGCCGCCACUGUCGCGCCGUCUCGCUCCACCGAUGCCCAGCUGGACGUUGCCAAGACAGACGCGCGCGCCAGGGCCACACUCACCAUGAACUACAACCUCGGGGACAUGAACGUGGGCGAGGCGGAGGAGCGGCUGCUGGGCGGGGCGGGGCGCGGGUCGUACUCCAGGUUCCUGACGCUGCACCGCCGCCGCCGCAGGAAGCUGCCCACGCGGCGCCUCGACAAGGAACACCAGGCGCUCCUUGACGACCUCUACAACGGCCUCACGCAGUACCUGUUGUCCCGCGUGGGCGUCUGGGGCUUCAACGCCUUCACCCUGGACAGCGUGUGCGGGGGUCGGCCCGUCUCCGUGCUCUGCGUCUUCCUGCUUCACGAGUACGGCCUCAUCGAGCACUUCAAAUUCGAUACAGUCACCGUGUGGAAGUGCUUUUCCCUGAUUGAGGACGGAUACCACGCCUCCAACCCCUACCACAACGCCAUCCACGCAGCGGACGUGACGCAGGCCAUGCACUGUUACCUGCAGGAGGAAAAGAUCCACAAGCACCUGACGCCGCUGGAGAUGCUGGCGGCCCUCAUCGCUGCUGUCUGCCACGACCUGGAUCACCCCGGGGUCAACCAGCCGUUCCUCAUCGCAACCGACAACCACCUGGCGGCACUCUACAAGAACUUCAGCGUGCUUGAGAACCAUCACUGGCGGUGCGCGAUGGGGUGCCUGUGGGAGUCUGGGCUGCUGGACUCCUGGGACUCCGAGGACGUGGCCAGCCUCCAGGACAUGCUGCGCUCCCUCAUCCUGGCCACGGACAUCACGCGCCAGCAGGAGUUCCUCACAAGGUUCAAGCAAUACCUGGACAGCGGCACCUUUGACAUGCAGGACCCCGAGCACCGCCACUUCUCCCUCCAGAUCGCCCUGAAGUGUGCCGACAUCUGCAACCCCUGCCGGCCAUGGGAGGUCUCGCAGAAGUGGUCAUACCAGAUAUGUGAGGAGUUUUACCGUCAAGGGGACUAUGAGCGCCAGCUGAACCUCCCCGUGACGCUGCUCUGUGACAGCAGCAAGAUGUCUGUGGCCAAGAUACAAACAGACUUCAUCAAGUACGUUGUGUCGCCGCUGUUUGACGUUUGGAACCGCUGGCUGGAAACAAGCUUGUCAAACUCCAUGGUGACCAACAUGAAGACCAACCAGCAGAAGUGGGAGGAGCGGCUGCUCAAGAAGAAGCUGGCCGAGGACACCGCCCCACAGCCCCUGAUGUUGAAAGACUCCGCUGAUAACACCGUGGUGGAGAGCGCUGAGGAGGAGCCUGAGGAGGUGGAUGGCGGGACGUCCCCCAGCAGCAGCGGCGACAGUCACCAGUCAGUGCUUGGCUCUCUAGAGAAUGUGUCGCGGUCACUUCAGCUUGGCCGGCGACACUCCGUUCCCCUCAACAUGCCGCGCCUGCUCCCUCGCACCAUCAUCAGGAGGGAGAGUCUACCGGAGCAUGGGAACCAGCCCUUGGUGGUGGAGACCGUCACCAUGGGGGGGAUGUCGCUCACCUCCCUCACCUCUGGCCCGGCUGACAACUCUGCUCUGACUCCAGAAGCCCUUCUGCCAGAGCCUUCCAUCACGACCAUGGGCGGCGUGGGCAUCAGGUUACCUCGCCCGACCACCAGGCUCACACGGCGCAAGUCCCUCCCACCUCUAUGGCUACAGCAGACGAGGGCGAGAACGUCACACAUGCUUCAGCCACUGUCGCCCACACCCAGCGAAGACGGAUCUUCUCACGCGACAACUCAGGAAAACUCCCCACAGGAUCCCGAGAGUGCACAGCGGCUAGGCGCGGUGCACGGCGCUGGCUCAGGUCAACCAUGUGGGAACACCAAUAGUGGUUGUGGUGGAAGUGGAGGUUGUGAUAGAGUGAAAAGUGGCGGCGGUGAAUGCUCGGACCCGGCGGAACAGUUAGUGCACCACCCCAUUCGAGGCGACGCGGAGCCAUUGACUACAGCCCCAGACGUGGGCGUUCACAGUAGGAAGUGUGUUUCCAACCACCAAGGUGCUACAACAUUCCUUCAUGCCGACAGCCUGGAUGCGCGCCCCUACAGACCCUUCAUCGGCCGGGGCCUGGUGCGCCGCGCCUCACUAGACAGUACAAGUAUUAGUAGUAAAAGGGAGUUCUUGGAUCGCCUGCUACACGAGAGCAGUAAGUUCCCUCGUGUAGACCGAACUAAUAGUGAGUUAGACAAAGAAAACAUAGUGCCAAGAGAAGCACCCAAGUUCCGAGAGCACCAGCAGCAGCAGCAGCAGCAGCAGCAGGCCUCGUGGAAGGCGCGUGCCUGGCGGAGUCUCAACUGUGAUGACGAGAACGUGUGCGACGCGCGCGAGAAGAUGAUGAAGCCAGGCAUGUACAAGCUCAACCAAUCUCAGGGAAGUCUGUAUGCUCACGGCCGGCGAGGUUCGGCUCCACUGCUGCGGCCGGAGGAGCUGCUGGGUGGCCUGCGAGGGGGAGCCGAGAGGCCGGACUACAACUACCUAUCACUGCGGAGAGGCUCGGCACCGUCACAUCCCAACCAGAAAGGCUGUGACGUGGAGGCUGAGUCUGAGGUUGGCGGCCACCACACGCCCCUCACCUCAACGGAGAACCUGCCCUUCAGCGAGUACAUCAGUUCACAUUCCAGGCUCAGGGGGCGGCGGCGGGGCUCCAUACCCUUUGACCACCCUGGACUUUGCCGGCAAGGGUCAGGAGGGGUGGAGGUGCUGCCUUCAAGGACGAGCACAGGGGGUAACUUCGGGGUGUCUGGCGGGGGUUGUGGGGCGGCCGGCUACCCCUCGGUGCUGCCCCAUUACUACCACGAGUACCACCGGGGCUCAGGAGGCUUGGAGCUGUUUGCGGGGCUGUGGAGGUCACACUUGGAACCCGAGAGCUCAAGUUCAGUGUUCGCAGACGGUGACCUUUACUCACAGUCUUCUGGCGGCCUGACCCCCAGCACGCCCGGCGCCGUGCUUCCACCCCACCGACCCCUCCCCCCCCACACCCUCCACCGGCGGGGCUCACUGCCGACUGACCUCUUCUACUCAGUGUGUGGGAUUGUGAGGGGACAUAGCCACUUCAGUUCUCAGGCUCAGCGCUUCCGCCUCAGUCCAAUAAUUCUGCCAGCCUCCAGUGCCAACCAUCACCCCCAUUUUACCUUCUCAGCCUGUCUGUGAACAAUGUAUACUCAUGUCUUAUGACUUUGUUACCCAAAACCUUUGCGUAAAGGAUGCAGAUGAACAAAAUUAUUGUAAGUUUAAUUGAUAUGUCAUUGUCUAGUAUUCUCAAGAGAUGAGAACUCUGUGCUUCUUAUGUAUAUAAUUUGUAGCAUUGGAAGAGUAAUACUGUAUAUGUUUGUCCUUUGUUCCUUAAUGUGUUUAAAGAUUACACGUUGAAAAGUAUUUAGAUACAAUUUUUAUUCUAGAGCUAUGUAGUGCUAUACAGAGAUGUUAAUUUAAUUAACAUUAGUCAUAGAAAUAUAUAUUGUACAACCUCUUUGUUUGUAUAGUUCAUUGCACAGACAUGAUAGCCACACGCAGCUUGUCCUGGUGUUCAUGUGUUUGCUCUCGGCCGCCCCGGCCAGCCGGGCCCUGAGGGUGCAGGCCGGGCGCUGGGCCUGGGGCGGCAGUCUUCACGUUUGGACCAUUUUUUAUAUUGAAUAAUGCUUGAGUAAAUGAAUUCAGAUAUUUUGGUCAGAAGUUAUUUUUAUUACUGUGAAUAUAGAUGAUAAAAGUCUUAAGCUUAUAUAUAAUCAAUUAGUUUUUCAUGAACUUUCAUGGUGAAUAUAAUAUUUGUAUUGAUAAAUUCUAGUUUUUACAAUGUCGGGAGACUUGAAAAGCUCAAUCAAGCUCAAUUUUAUGGUGACGUCCAGUACUGUACAUUUACAAUGAAGCUUCACCUAGACAAUCCAAGCUCUGUUUCAUUUCUGUGUGUGGGUAAGGCUCAGUGCAUGUCUGUUCCAUUAGAACACAGCUAAUGCCACAGUGCAGUGUGCGUAUCCUCGGUGGAAACUGCAAUAUAUGAACUAAAUUUUUCUGCUGUCGGAGUAACUUGAUGGUGUCUUCCUUUCCCAUUUCACGGCGUCAGUUUCAGUGUCACUCGUCCAAAGCACGGAAUUUGGACCAAUUUUCUAGACUCUUCGAAGAUAAAUUGUUCCAUUGUGUCAUUUACAGAGGUUUACGUUAGAUGUCUUUGGCACACUUCAGUGUUUGGGAAGGUGAACCAUUUGUAGCGGGUGACACCAACAUAGUAUUGUGAUUUACCACUCUAGUCAGUUUGGAGCGUGGCGGGACCCGGGAGGGCGGGACACCCUGUGUUCCAUGAUACCUGUGGGGCGACAAGCCGUCUUGUCACUGUUCUCGGGUGUUGGGUGACAAGUGUUUUUACUUUUAUUUUCUGCUGAACAAGGAAACAUUCUUUUUAACAUGUGAUAUCUCACUGAACUCAGAAGAAGGUUCAGCCUCACAAAUAUUUUUAUAGCAAAAAUACAUUGUGUGGCUCACUGUCUAGGUAUCUUUUAUUUGCAUAAACAAGAGUUAUGCAGCUGCUGUGUGGUCAAGACAGACAAAACAUUUUAAGCUGUUCAACUUGUAUUUUAUUUUUUUUGAUAAUUUAUUUUUUUGUAAUUUCAUUUUGUCUUCCCAAGACUAUUUGCUGUGAUAUUUUAUAAACAUUUGUCGUAUACAUACAUUGUAUACCAGAAAGUUUCCAAAAAUUACCAGGCAAACAAAAUCAAAAUCCAAGCAUGUGCCAAAUGUGUCAGGUCCUCAGGAGCCGGUGCGUGUGUGUGUGUGUGUGUGUGUGUGUGUGUGUGUGCUGCAGGGCAGCUGCCAGACCUGGCAGCAAGCAGAGACAGGCAGAAAAUGCACCAAAAUUGUCAGUGAAGGUCAUGAUGGCUUGAGGGGAGCCGUGCUGGGCUGAGGAGCCGUUGCUCAUGACUGCAGGCAGCAGCACAGCCUCUCUUAGCACACCUUGGUGACUGAGGUCAUGUUGUACAAAGUUGUGCUUUGCUGUGCAGUAAUGCAUUUUUUUUCCUAAAGUAACUGUUUGUAUUCUUCAAACAUAAACACCAAGGUUAAAUUAAUUUAAAAAUAAUUCAUUCAGAUAUUUUCUGAAUAAAUUUAGUGAUAUUUUUUUAGGAAUGUAAGAUUUGUUCAAAGUAAACACAGCCCACCGUGUUCCAAGACUUGAGGCCGAGCACCCUCCAGGGCUCAGUGAGUGGCGGCUCCAGGGUUGGUGCCGUGUGGCGGCCGCUGCCGCCCUCAACUUGCAGUAAGACCAGUCGUCAAAAUUAUGGUGAAGAUGUCAGGAAAUAAAUUGCGAAUCAAAAUUAUUGCCAUCAGCUAAAACAGAAUAUUAAAGCUGAAACAAGAUAUCUAAAAAAGGCAGUUAAAGAAUUUAUGAAAUAUAUUGCCUGUUAUGAAGGGGAAGGAACACAUAGUCAGUUCAGUGCUAGUGUUAAAUUAGUGGCUGUGAGGAAAAAAAAAUCUUACUGUGUUUGCUUCUUAAGACAAAACUGUAUUUUAUGAAAAGGCAUGUUGUAAUAUCUUACAGCUUUUGGUAUGAGAAAAACAGUGCAGAAAUGAUUAGAAGAAUGUUUCUGCCUUGGGAAGUGUGUGUACAUGCUGCACCUCACACUGUUAGGCUGACAGUCCUAGUGCUGUGACUCACUCUGUCCGGCAGGCCGUCUGUCUUAGGAAAUUACACUGAACCAGAGGAGAGAACAUUCAAGUCCCGACUCCCUUGUAGUGGGACCCUCAACACUUGUAUACUUAUAUAACAGACAGUCAACAACAAAUGCCAAUAUAUUUUUAUAUGCUCCUCUUUGCACGUCAUUCAUCAAGGCAGCUUGUCCCUUCAUCAAAGGGGUGUGCAUGAUGUGGCUUGACAUUUUAUUUUGUAAUAAGAAAGGGUCUGUGGAAGACAUUCGGUGGAGGUUUUCCCUUCCCUCAGUGCCGGGCCUUGUGUUGAGCCAGGCUUACUCUUCUCUCUUGAAAAGGUCAUAAAAGUAGCACACAAUGACCAAACAAAAACUGUACUUAAUUAGAAUCUGUUGAACAGCUCUGCCACACUUCACUUGUUGAAUCUAACAAAUAUUUCAUCCCUCAAAUGUGCAUAUAUUGAUGCAUAUUUUUUUUGUCUUGCCAUCCUUCCACUGGUAAUUGUCAUGACAUAUGACUGUAAGCUGACCUCCCACUGAAGCAAGGGAAACAGUACAGCUAAACUCCAGUCUCUAUUUGCAAUUUCUUUCAUAUCAAAUUGACACUAAUAGUUGCCAAAACAUGUGACUGGGCUCUCCCCCCACUGAGGCAGAGUAGGGGCAGGGACCUUCAGUAUGAUAAAAGCAUAUCCUUGGAUUUUGGUUCAGGUUUCUGCAGAGGGACUGAAACACUUUGGCAAAGCUCACCUGAGAGUGGUAAAUCACACCUGAGUAUUACCUGCUAUUGUGCGCUGGGUUGUGGUGGAGGGGAGGACCUUGAGGGAGUCUUGGGAAUGUUUCUGGCACAAAACGUUAGUUGUCACAGAAACACUUUGGCAAAACUUACUUAAGAGUGGUAAAUCACACCUGGGUAUUACCUGCUGAGUGGUGGACCCAGGCAAAAUGAUUAACUGUUGAUUGAUUAACUAUUUGAGAACACUGCAGGCACAAAAUAUAUUCUCAAUAGUUGUAAAUAUGCCAUUGGUCUGUAACUGUCUGGGUAUUUCUAGCAAGCUGUUCAUGCUCAGCGAUGGUUGGCAGGAGUCUGCUUCAAAAUUAUGGCGGAGUCGAGGAAUGGUGUCCUGUUAGAUGGUUAUUAUAUGCAAUUUCUGAACAUGUGUCUAUAGUGAUGAGGUGCAUUGAUUUGUAUCAAACUGAAAAGUAUCAGUAUUUUUUAUAUGUUGUGACAGAUUAAUGUAGUGCAUAUAUUAUUGUUAUGAUUAUUAUUAUCAUUAUCAUUAUUAUCUUUAUUAUUAUUAUUGUUAUUAUCAUUAUUAUUAUUACUCUUAAGGAAUGUUCAGAAUGGUUAAGGGAAUCAAAAUUGUACAGCACAAUACAAUUUGUAUUUGUAUCUAUAUAUAGAUUACAUGAUACAGUAGA